AUGUCUACUCGAGCCCGUGCAGGCAAAUAUCGAAAGCCUAACCGAGGAGGUGAGAGAUUCCAAGUUCAACUUACUACACUGCCAUGCUCUAACGUCCCUCUCCCACAGGUGGCCGCAGCUUCUCGAAGAACCUCCGGCCUCUCGAUGCAGAGGGCGUCGAGAACUCCAUGUGGGGGGAGUCAGCAAAGGACCAAGACUCAUCCGACGAAGACGACGAUGACGACUCCGAGGAAGACUCCAGCGACGAUGACGCCCCCUCAAAGCCUCAAGAACAGACGGAAAUGACCCGCGAAGAGCGCCGCGCAGCAGCAAAGGCAAAAAAGGAAGCCGCAAUCAAAAAGAAACAAGGGCCCGCCCAACCGGGCGACCUCCCACCCUCGGACUCCUCCGACGAAGAAGAAGACGACGAGGACAUGCCCGCGAACCCAAACCACAGUAACGCCGCACGCAAACAGGCCGAAAAGCCCAUUGUUCCCUCCGACAAACCCGCCAAGCCGAAGAAGGUGGAUGAUGUCUCGCAGCUCUCCCGUCGUGAACGGGAAGCCCUGCAGGCUCAACAGUCGAAAGAGCGGUAUCAGAAGUUACACGCGGAGGGCAAGACGGACGAGGCGAGGGCAGACUUGGAGCGGCUGAAGCUAGUGCGGCAACAGCGUGAAGAAGCAGCGGCGCGGAAGGAAGCGGAGAAGCAGGAGAAAGAGUUCCUCGAAAAGGAGAAGAAGGAGCAAAUGGCGCGGAUGGAGAGACAGCAGGCUCAGAAGGCUGCGCGGGGCGGGAAGGGUGCCAAGAAGGGUGGCAAGUCUUAA